AUGCCCAUGGCCUUCGCCGGUCUGCUGGGACAGCCGGCUUUGCCAUAUCCGCCGCUGACCGACAUGUUGUUCGUGGAAGACGGGUCUCUCGAAAACGGACCAUCGCACCGCUUCAACCGGCCUCGAUAUUCGCCGUCAGACGCGCCACUGGUUGUGUACUACCAUGGCGGCGGCCUUCUUCGGCGACCUCUGACUCGCAGGACCGGUGGCGCCCAAACACUGGCAGCCGGAGCCGUAGUCGAGCUUGACAGCGUCGGCUACCGUCUAGCUCUUGAGCUCAAGGCACCAACGCAGGUGGACGAUGAUCCAAAGGGUCUGGGGUGA